CCAUUUCUAGUUAGCGGUGUUUCCUUGUUAUUACCGGUUACAGAUGCCGAUGUUGUGAGAUCUGGUUCUGUAACCCCGCGCUGGGGGCGGGGAUCGCCAACAAGGUAGGCUCCGCCGACUAUUGCCAAUAUCUUAUUCACUUGCUCAUUCUCCUCUUGUUUCUUAUUUCCCUUCGAGAUUGAUUUACCAAGCAAGUAGUGACGUGCACUGAUAUCAAGCAUUCAUUCCAAGAUCCUGGAAGACAGUUCGAAUCAUGGAUUCACCUCCAUCCGGUCGCCCUUUCGAAAAGAUCAUCAUCGUGGGUGCAGGUCCCUCUGGACUCUUACUCGCUCUUCUUCUUGCUCAAAAAAACAUUCCCUCCAUUGUUCUGGAGUCAUGGCCGCAUCUCGACACUCGUCUCCGGGCAACCCAAUACGGAGUACCCGCAACCCGUGUCUUCCGUCGCGCAGGCAUUUUGGACGACAUUCGCAAAGCCAGCAUUGCAAGGUUCCCCAGCAUCUGUUGGAGACGCGUGUCAGAUCAUGAGAAACUUAUCAGUCUUGAUCUCUCACUCGUUGAAGAUGAUCCCGAUCGCAUGACCAUCUUACCUCUUGGCGAGAUUAUUCAGAUUUUAUACCGACACUGUCUUGGGAAAGGGCAGGGAUUGAUCGACGUCAAGUUCAAUCACGAAGUCAUAAAUGUCAGUCAGGAUGACAAAUCGGCCUAUGUUGAUGUCAACGUCAAGGGCGAAGGGAAGAUAGAGAAAGCGAGACUCACUGCUGACUACGUCGUCGGGUGCGAUGGAGCAUCCAGUGCUGUAAGGAGGUCUCUGUUUGGAAGAAACUGGCCUGGUCAGACACUGCCGUACCGAUUCGUCGUUCAGAAUGUCUACUAUGACGGCUUCCAGAAGCAUAACUGGGAUGGGGGAAAUUAUAUGGUCGAUAAUGAUCACUGGGGCCUCAUCGCCCGCCGAGGGAAAGGAGGUCUAUGGCGCGUCACUUAUGGAGAUCCAGUCACUGGCUUGACAGACGAAGAGUACCUGGCCCGUCGACCUGCACACAUGAAAGCAAUGCUGCCAGGACAUCCCGAUCCUGAACAGUAUCGAAUCGAACAAACUAAUCUAUACAACAUUCACAAUCGCUGUGUUGAAAGCUUCAAGGUCGGGCGUGUUAUUCUGGCGGGCGAUGCUGCGCAUGUCUGCAACCCGAUGGGAGGAUAUGGCUGCAUGACUGCUGUCUUGGAUGUCGGUGGUCUAGCAGAUUGCUUCAUCGGAUACUACCACGGACUAGCGGACGAGGAUAUCCUCGAUAAGUAUGCAGAAGUCAGACGGGAUAUCUUUGUCAAAUACGUGGAUCCAAGAUCGAUCAAGAAUCUCAACCGCGUGGCAACAUCUGAUCCUCAGACUGUGCUGGAGACAGACAAGUUCUUUGGUAUCUUGAAAUAUCUGCAAAAGGAUAAAAAUGACAUGAGGGCGUUUUUGCUGAAAGUGUCCAGUAUCGAAUACGACUUCACUCAGCAUUAUAACAGCAGUUAAAGGAAUACAAUACCUACAUCAUAUAGCAUAUACCAAUACACCAAUAACAUCAAGAUCUCCGUUCUUAGCCUAUUAAAAGAGGCACUAUUUGCAUUUAUGUUUCUUAAAUAGACUUAAUUUAGCUACCUGAGCUAAGGCUAAACCUAUAACCCUUAAGGAUUGAC